GCCACCGCAAAAAUAUUAAUAAUAAUUUUUAUUCAUAAUCAUAGUACUACAUAGAAGUCUCAAACGCUCUAGACUCGUUAAUAAUGGGGCACUUAAGACCUAGAAAUUUGAGGUUGUCCGUGUGCGGUGUGCUAUGUCGAAAAUUGAUGCGCAUUUAAUUGCUGUGAUCCUAAAGUCACAGAGGCAAUAAUUGAUUUUGGAGUUUAUAGAUGCCGGCGGAGCCACUCUGGCUGAUUGAACUGUUCGCCCGGCGUCAAUCGCCCACUGUGGGGUCAAUCGAUGUCUAUGAAUCACAAGGAGGAAACGACUUGCCCUCGACGGGUGACUUUCGGUCGGAUGUCAAAGACGCUACCAUUGAAAUAAUCCAGUAUUUGUAUCUCCACGAUUCCCCGUUCACCGUCAAUAUCUACCCUUUCCUCAGUCUCCAUGGAAACAAUCAUUUCCCUAUUGAGUUUGCUUUCUUUGAUGGUGAAAGCACAUGGGUUAAGGACGGUGACCGGAUUUACACGAACGUGUUCGACGCGAACCUGGAUACUCUGGUUUCAGCCCUGGACAAAAAUGGAUUCUCCAAUAUGACGAUUAUCAUCGGAGAAGUUGGUUGGCAAACAGAUGGAGACAAAAACACGAACACCCAGAAUGCAAGGAGAUUCAACCAGGGUUUGCUCGAACAUGCUAUGAGCGGGAACGGAACCCCAGCUCGGGGUGGCCCAAUUAAUGUCUACCUCUUUAGCCUAAUCGACAAGAAUGCCAAGGACAUUAAUGCCGGAACCUUCGAGAGGUAUUGGGGAAUCUUCAAGUUUGACAGAAAACCCAAAUACGAACUGGAUUUAAUGGGAAAGAACGGAAACAAAGGUCUAGCUGCAGUGGAGGGGGUGAGGUAUCUGAGCAAGAGAUGGUGCGUUUUCAACCCAGACGCGACUGACCUCGAGGAUUUACCAGAUAGCAUCAGUUAUGCCUGCGCUCACUCCGAUUGCAUUGUGUUGGGCUACGGCUCCUCCUACAAUCACCUGAACCCGGAGGGAAAUGCCUCGUAUGCCUUCAACAUGUACUAUCAAGUGAAUAACCAGAACGAUGGGAACUGUGAUUUCUCGAGGUUGGCGAUUGUGACGGAUGAGGACCCGUCGGACAAGGUUUGCCAAUUUCCGGUGAUGAUAGCUGACGGUUCUCCAGUGAUGCUGCGUCGAGGAGCUUUGGGGUAUUUUGCUUAAUUUGGUGAUUUUGAGGUGAGUUGAGGGGUUGAUUUGCCACCAGUUGGGGUUGAGGGGGUGAUUUGCCACCAGUUGGUGAGUUUAGGGGGUGAUCUGCACCUUUUGCCAAAGUUUAAAGUCUGAAGUCAUUUCAGAGCAUAUGGAUAUUUCCAAAAUAUUACGGAAAUUGCUAUUACAUAUUUAUAUGAGGUCCCUCUCAAUUACAAAACAUAACCAUUGAAUGGAUUAAUGGAACAGCAUUUAUUUAUUAUUUAAUAAUUUAUAUUGUGUAAU